AUGGCUCCCGUCAACUCUGGUAGCUGUCUCUGCGGGGCAUGCACCUACUCAUACACGGAUGAGCCAGCUAUGAAGGCUGUAUGCUACUGUGGCACCUGCCGCAAGAUCUCAGGAGGGACAAACACUACCAAUUUUGUAGUCCCAGACGAAAAGUUCACCGUGGAAAGUGGCCAGCCCAAGGUAUUUUCCACUGAGCACGAGACCGGCAUGUUUAUCACCCUCUUCUUCUGUCCCAACUGUGGGACGACCGUGUGGAAAGAGGCUUCGGCGCCCCAGUUUAAAGGAGUGAAAUUCGUUCAGGCGGGAACACUCACGGACCCGACCAAUUUCACUGGGAAGAUUGAUGUUGAGCUGUACGCUCCUGAGAGAGCCUCCUGGCUUGUCGCUCUUCAGGGCGCAGAGCAGAAGGAGCAGCUUUAA